UGCUCUGCUGUGUUGCGUGUGUGCGGGUCGGCUGCCCGUCUCCCCUCACAAUUUUCCAGCUGGAAAGAGACACAGACCUCACCAGUCAGCCUCCACGCUAAGCCGGUCUCUGAGCUUAUCCUCUCUGUUCGGGUUUGUUUUCUUAAGCUUUGUUUUUAUCUCCUGCUGUUCAUCUCAAUCUCCUUUUUUUUUUUUUUUUGUUUCCCCUCCCUCCCCUUGGCUUAAAUAGGGGCAUUCUUAUGAUACCUAUUGGAUCUAACUUCUAAGUUUAGACACGUGGAAAAACUUUUGUCCUCCACUCACCUUGGCUCUGAGCUGCUGGGGUGCAGUUGGUCACCAGGAUUGCUGGCUGUCAUGCCAGCAGCACACCUUCUUCUGCAAUGGCCUCUUCUGUGGUUGGGUUUCACCACGGUGGCUACAGGAAGCUCUUUCCCUGGUUCCUAAGGCAACCAGGGAGGACGGUCCCACGCAAGAUCGGGGAAAGCCUCGGGCGGCCUCUCAGUGGGUCUCUGCGCCUCGCGCCCGCUGACCUGCUGCUCACUGAAAGGGGGAGGAGCCAACUUUGCAGUGGAGCCGUCGCCAGACCGGCGUGGAGCCUGCUACUCCGCUGCCCCACCACCAGACAGAGCUCCAGCGUCACAGCAGGUGCUCCCCUCUGCCGGUCAGCCCACGGCCCGGACUUGCUCUUCCCCGGUAGUAUCAGGAGCUCAGGCGUUAGGAUGUCAUCUUCCUCCUCCAGCAGCGACGGACAAGCCAAGGCUAAACCUAAAUCCCAGAUUCCCAAGAGAGGGAGCAACACCAGCCCCGACCUCUGUGCUGUGUCUGGACCCAAGACCCUCAAGCCCCAGAGAUCCCUCCCAGGGACGCCGGUUUCGCUUUCGCAGCUUCCAGUCGACCUGCGAACAUCCAUGGAGGAAAAGUACAAAGAGCUUGCUGAGGAGCUGUACUCGCGCAGCAUGGCGGAGAGCGAGAUGCGAAGUGCUCCCUACGAGUUUCCGGAGGACAGCCCUAUCGAGCAGCUGGAGGAACGACGGCACCGUCUGGAGAGGCAAAUCAGUCAGGACAUUAAGCUUGAGCCAGAGAUCUUACUGCGUGCCAAACAGGACUUCAUGAAAAUCGACAGUGCUGCAGACCUUGAGUUAAUGAGGGAGAAAAGUGUAUACGAGGUCGACAUGGGCUUUAAGGAGCGGCAGAUGCCGCUGGAAAGGGAAUACCAGCGGGUCUCAAUAUCCGGAGAAGAAAAAUGUGGGGUGCCGUUCACCGACCUGGUGGAUGCAGCCAAAUGUGUGGUGAAGGCGUUGAUCAUCCGGGAGAAAUACAUCUACCGCUCCAUGCAGACAUUUUGUAAGACCACAGCUCACGCCCUGCAGGACAUUGGGACGAGCUCUCCGGAUCUGCGCAUUUAUGAGGACACAGCAGAAACCCCUGUAGAUGCAGAUGCUCCUGUUCACCCACCCGUCUCAGAGACACACCCCUACGACAAUCAGGAUCCCAAGAAUAUGCCACCAGACACAGGAUAUGGUUGUAAAAUGGUUGAUGGAGUCAUACAUGUCUUCAACAAGAAAACAAACAUGGACAAAAGCACAGAACUCGACCUGCCGUAUCCGGACCUGAAGGAGUACUUGGCAGAUACAAAUGUAAUGAUGUCCCUCAUUAUCAACGGUCCAGUGAAAUCUUUUUGCUACCGCCGCCUGCAGUACCUGAGCUCCAAAUUUCAGAUGCACAUCCUUCUGAACGAGCUGAAGGAACUGGCUGCUCAAAAGAGGGUUCCUCACAGAGACUUCUACAACAUCAGAAAGGUGGACACACACAUACACGCGUCAUCCUGCAUGAACCAAAAGCAUCUUCUGCGAUUUAUCAAGAGAGCCAUGAAGAAAUACCCUGACGAGAUUGUCCACGUUGAGCGGGGACGCGGCCAGACCCUCCGGGACGUCUUUGAGACCAUGAACCUGACGGCGUACGACCUGAGCGUAGACACACUGGACAUGCACGCGGAUCGUAACACAUUUCAUCGGUUUGAUAAGUUCAACUCCAAAUACAACCCCAUUGGGGAGUCCAUCCUCAGGGAGAUCUUCAUCAAGACGGACAACUACGUGGAAGGAAAAUACUUUGCACACAUAGUUAAGGAGGUGAUGUAUGACUUGGAGGAGAGUAAAUACCAGAACUCUGAGUUACGGCUGUCCAUCUACGGUCGCUCCAGAGACGAAUGGGACAAGCUGGCGGAGUGGGCUGUCAAGCAUAGAGUGUACUCUGAUAAUGUGCGCUGGCUUAUCCAGGUGCCCCGUCUGUUUGACGUGUACCAAACAAAGAAGCAGCUGGUUAACUUCCAGGAGAUGUUGGAGAACAUCUUCAUGCCUCUGUUUGAGGCGACCAUAGAUCCCGGCAGUCACCCUGAGCUGCAUCUCUUCCUGGAGCAUGUUGUGGGCUUCGACAGCGUGGACGACGAGUCCAAACCUGAGCACCACAUCUUUAACCUGGACAGCCCACUGCCCGGUGACUGGACAAAUGAGGACAACCCGCCCUACUCCUACUACCUCUACUACACCUACGCCAACAUGACUGUGCUGAACCACCUGCGAAGGCGACGUGGCUUUAAUACUUUUGUCCUGCGACCUCACUGUGGCGAAGCGGGUCCGAUCCACCACCUGGUGUCAGGGUUCAUGUUGUCGGAGAAUAUUUCCCACGGACUGCUGCUCAGAAAGGCCCCCGUGCUCCAGUAUCUUUACUACUUGGCUCAAGUUGGCAUUGCCAUGUCCCCGCUGAGCAACAACAGCCUGUUCCUCAGCUACCACCGCAACCCGCUGAUGGAGUAUCUGUCCAGAGGUCUCAUGAUCUCUCUGUCCACCGAUGAUCCCCUGCAGUUCCACUUCACCAAGGAGCCACUGAUGGAAGAGUACAGCAUCGCAGCUCAGGUGUGGAAGCUGAGCUCAUGUGACAUGUGUGAGCUGGCAAGAAACAGCGUCCUGAUGAGUGGAUUUUCACACAAGGUCAAGAGCUACUGGCUAGGCCCCAGUUACUAUAAAGAAGGACCUGAGAGCAACGACAUCCGCCGCACCAACGUCCCCGACAUCCGCGUGGCCUACCGCUUCGAGACGCUCACCGAGGAGCUUAACCUCAUCACCCACGCCGUGCGCACAGACGAGCUGGACAGCAUCGACGAGGAGGACACGCUAACCAUGGGUCCCGUCUCGGGCGGGCGCUGAAACAACAGCCUCCGCGCCCCAAUCGCACCUCUUUCCGCC